AUGCGGUUGACGUUGGGCCAGAAGCGCGAGGUCGUGGACCUCGCAGCGAGCAAGAAGUUCACGCACCGCGAACUGGCCGAGAAGUUCCGCGUCGGGCGCACGACCAUUACGAACAUUUGCCGCCAAGAAGAUCUGAUCCGCACGGAGACCGACUCGGCCGAUGCGGCCAAGAAGAAGCGCAAGACGACCAAGUGCACGUACGACUUGCGCGUGCUGGACGAGUGCCUGCACAAGUGGCGGAUGGAAGUCAAGGUCUCGAGUCCCGAGAGCAAGCUCACGGGCACGGUCUUGCAGCAAAAGGCCAUGGAACUAGCGUGCAAGAUUGUCCACGAGCCGUACGCUGAUCUGCCGGACAAGGUGAAGCAAGCGCUGCAGCGCUUUACUGGCUCGAACGGCUGGUUGGAUGGCUACCGGACGAGGUUUGGCUCGUUCAGCAGCAAACAAGGACAGGGCGACGGCGAGCCAAGUGUGAUCAAGAGCGUUGACGUUCAGACGAGGCUACGGGAAUUGCACCACAGUUUCAGCCACGUUAAGCUCGACGAGAUGUGGACGGGCACGGAGUUUGCCGUGAUGUACAAACCUCCGGUACCGGAUGGAAGUGGACCGACCGAUGCAAAUCAUGGAAGGUACACCGUGUCGCUCUUUAUAAGUGCCGCAGGAGAGAAGUUUAACAUGCAGGUGAUUGGUGUCGAUCGGCAUCCAGUGCUAUUGGAAGGAAUCGAUACGAAAGAGAUGUACGAUAUUCAGUACGACUACUCCAAGACAGGAUGGCAAGUCGCACAGACGAUGGUGAGCAUGCUCAAGUCCCUCAAUGCACUUGCUCGUGAACGAAAACGCACGUUCCGAGUGGUGCUCGACUCGGCCGUGCCACAUGUGAAGGCUGCCAUGAUAUUGGAUUCGCAAGGUGAUCAGCGCACGUUCUUUGUGUACGAUCAUCUUCAGAUUUACUUUUUGCCGCCGAAUUUCAAGUCCGUGCGGUUCCAUCCGUGCCACCUUGGUGUGAUCCAAGCGUUUAAGGCGCGCUUCCGCAGCGAGAUGCUCGAGUCGUUGUUCAGCAGUUAUCGCCAGAGUGUAAUUCGACAAGACCCACGUGGCUUCCACCCGCAACGACACUUGUACACGCGCAACGUUUUUCAUUGGCUUUACGUGGCGCUUCAUAGCCUUGACACGCAGCUUAUUCAGAGCUGCUGGGUUCACAGCGGCCUGCUGCCUACGCAUGUGAUUGCAUCACUUAACUUGCGUGCCAUUUUGAAAAGUAAUGACUCGACUCGAUCGUCCGUGAAUGUGAUUCCAAGCGCAUCCAGUAGCAGCGGUAGCGACAGUGCCAGUGCAAACUCGGAAACAAGUGGAGUGAGUAGCGCGACUUUUAACGAUGGUGCUGUGUCGACCGCUGUUGCUACUCAAGGAGGUUUACCGUCUCCAGCACAGUUGUACGGUGACCUGCAGCAGCAGCUGACAACUAUCGCCCGGCUUGCUCCUGACUUUCUAUGCUGGAUUGGCGUGUCUGAUCCUAGCAAUGCGCAGGCAUACGCAGAGAUUGACGGCAACGCUUCGGUCACUGAUUCAGGCAUCGACGAGGUCCAGAUCAUCCGCAGCGUGUUACAAAAGCACGGGUACUUGUUCACUAAGAAGCUCGAUGAUGAGAGUCGUACAGAGGGGGCGCACGAAAGUUUUGCCGACGUAGCUGAGGAGCCGUGCCCGCGUCACGACGAAGUUGUGGCUUCGAUAAGUGUUCUAAAGAAGUACCUGCGUCUAUCUCGGGACGCAAUACCAUCGCGCGUUGAAGCAGUUGUGCAACUCAACCAAGUCAAGAGAGCGGUUGACUUUGCUGCCGCCCGUGCAGCAGCUAAUCGUGAUGUGUGA